GCAUAUGCUCAUCAGUAAGUGCAUCUUUAUGAUGAUGAGACUAAGUGGUCUGUCUCACCUGCUGAUAGAACAAGUGGCUGUUAUUGCUGCGCUGGUAGCGUAUCUGACCGGUAUUGUUACAGUCAGACCACAACCUUUGCCACCUGAGGACCUGCUUUCUACUGACCCUCCUACCAGCAGAGAUCAAGAUGCUUCAACAGUGUUAGUGAGCAAGACAGUGAUUGUUGUUAUUGAUGCUCUGAGAAGUGAUCACCUGGUGUCUACUCCUCAGCCGCUAAUGCCACACCUUCAUGGCUUACUAAGCCAGGGUGAUGCACAUGGCUAUGUGCUGCAUACAGCCUCCCCGACUGUCACUCUCCCCAGAAUUAAGUCUUUGGUGACAGGUAGCAUUCCAGGCUUCAUGGACAUCAUUGAGAACUUUGGUGCGAGCGAGCUGAGUGAGGAUAACUUGAUCAGACGGUGGGUAGACGCUGGCAAGCGCAUUCACUUCUACGGUGACGACACCUGGAUUAAGCUUUUUCCUUCGCAUUUUACCAAAUACGAUGCUGUGACUUCUUUCUUUGUUGCUGACUAUACGGAGGUAGACAGGAACGUGACUCGUCACAUCUCCAAGACUAUGGCCUCAGACGACUGGGAAGUUCUUAUACUUCACUACUUAGGCUUGGAUCACAUUGGCCAUUUGGAAGGUCCUAUGAGCCCACUAAUAGGACCCAAGCUGCUGGAAAUGGACUCAGUGAUAAAGAACAUUCAUCUAGAACUAGAAAAGAAGGGACAGAGGUAUUUGGUGGUGGUGUGUGGUGACCAUGGUAUGAGUGAUGCUGGUGGUCAUGGAGGAUCAUCACAUUCAGAGGUCACUACAUCUUCACUGCUUUUUUCAAACACUUUUGGAAAGAAAAUAACCAACAAAGUAGGCGAGGCCCAGCAGGUUGACCUUGCCUCAACACUGGCCUUCAUGAACCGUGUUGACAUUCCUGAAGGUAACAUUGGUCGACCUCUUACUGAAGUAUUGUCACAUUUUGGAGUAAAGAAGAAAAUGUCCUUACAUCAUACAUCUGCCAGGCAGUUACUAGCAGUUGCUCGUGGUGCCGGACUCCAUGCUGAUCAUGGUAAGACUGUGCUGCCACUCAUACUAAUCAUGGUAAGACUGUGUUAUCAUUCACAGUGAUAAUAAUUAUAAUAAUAAUAAUAAUAAAUUUAUUUUGACAUGAUACAUGGUUGUACAAAGGAAUAUAAUAGUUGGGAGUACAUGUCAAAAGCCCCUUUGUAUGCAGAACAUUUCGGGCAAACUUAAGGGAGGGGCGAGCCUUUUUUCAGU